UCCUUGAUCCCAGCCAGUCUAUGUGUGGAUGGGUGCUUGCCCGGGGGAUUCCUGCGGUGCGGGUAGAGGAGGGUGGAGACUAAAGAAGGACGAGGCUCGCUUUCUCCACACCCUUGCACUAUCCCCGGCCCUUUCAAGAACAAGAAUGGUGGACCCUGGGGGCCAGAUUACAGGGGAUACCCCAGACCAGGAGGGGGGAAACCUGAAACCUUUGGCAUCCAGGGCCUUGAAUCGGGAAGGCCCGAUGUUAAGGUUCUUGUCCUGUGUGCUGGUCCAUCUAGCAAGCCAGUAUCUUGGGGCUAGGCGUCUGUCUUGUCAUUCCCCGUGUCUUUCAGUAGGGCGCUGUACCACUCGGAGCAAAAGAAUAAAGAAUCUGCCCCGAACCUCUGCAACAGUCUGUCUCUGCCCUGUCGCCUGUCUGUGUCUUUGGAUCUUGCGGCUGAAGGCCAAUCCAACUCUAGGAGCAGGAAGAAGAGGAAAAUUGUCCAGAAACAAGUUUGCAGGACUCAGUGUACUUCCAGGCAAGAAAUAGAAGGAAGAAACUGCCUGGACCCCUGAGGGUGUAUGUGGGGCUGCCACUGCCCCCAGGACAUCUGGAGGGACAGGGGAGGUCCCCCAGUAUCUGUAGCUGCAGCAGAGCCUGCUGGCUGUAGCUGAAGACUCCACAGCCCCCUCCCCCUGACCCCUGACUUGGGAGUACUCUUCUGGCCAGAGCAAACCCUCCAGACACUCGUGGCAGCAUGGGCCGAACUCGGGAAGCUGGCUGCUUGGCCGCUGGUGUAGUGAUCGGCGCUGGCGCCUGCUACUGCGUAUACAGACUGACCUGGGGAAGAGAUGAGAGCGAGAAAAUCUGGGACGACCACGAUGAUGAUGAGGAGGAGGAAUCUAGCGAUAUUGCAGAGACUGGGAAAGGAGCUAAGGCUAAUGCUGGGGCAGGGGCUGGAGCCAGACUUCAGGGUGACUCAAAGGCCAAGGCUGAGGUGUCCGUGGAACUCAGGAGUGGAUCUAAUGUAAAGGCAGAGGCCCACUUGAAGGCCCAGAGUGGAGGUGGCCUAGAGGCCAAGGCCAAGGCCCUUUUCAGCACCCUGAAGGAACAGGCAAGUGCAAAGGCGGGCAAAGGGGCCAGGUUGGGUACCAUCUCCGGAACCAGGACGCUUACACCUGGUUUACCCUGCCCAGGAGUCAGGGGUGGAGGCUGCCACCCUGUGAGGAAUGGAGCUAGAACUGGGGGCAGGACUAGUGGCAAGUCCAAGGGAAGGACCAGAGGUAAGAGCGCCAGGACUCCAGCUACAUCAUGGCCUGUUCGAAGGGGCAAGUUCAACUUUCCCUAUAAAAUUGAUGAUAUUCUGGGUGCUACUGACCUUCAAAAGGUCCUUAACAUCCUAGAAAGAACUAGUGAUCCUUUUAUUCAGGAAGUAGCCUUGGUCACUCUGGGUAACAAUGCAGCAUAUUCAUUUAACCAAAAUGCCAUUCGUGAAUUGGGUGGUCUCCCAAUUAUUGCAAAACUGAUAAAAACGAAAGAUCCCAUUAUUAGGGAAAAGGCGUACAAUGCCCUUAAUAACUUGAGUGUGAACGCGGAAAAUCAGGGCAAGAUUAAGACAUAUAUCAGUCAAGUGUGUGAUGACACCAUGAUCUGUCGUUUGGACUCAGCUGUGCAGAUGGCUGGUCUAAGGCUGUUAACCAACAUGACUGUGACAAAUCACUACCAACAUUUGCUUUCCUAUUCUUUUCCAGACUUUUUUGCUUUGUUAUUCCUGGGAAAUUACUUCACCAAGAUUCAGAUUAUGAAACUAAUCAUAAACUUUACUGAAAAUCCAGCCAUGACAAGAGAGCUGGUCAGUUGUAAAGUACCAUCAGAAUUGAUUUCCCUCUUUAAUAAAGAAUGGGACAGAGAGAUUCUUCUUAAUAUCCUUACCCUAUUUGAGAAUAUAAAUGACAACAUAAAAAAUGAAGGGCUUGCCUCAUCCAGGAAAGAAUUCAGCAGAAGUUCACUUUUUUUCUUAUUCAAAGAAUCUGGAGUGUGUGUUAAGAAAAUCAAAGCAUUAGCAAAUCACAGUGAUCUGGUCGUGAAAGUAAAAGUCCUAAAAGUAUUGACCAAACUUUAACUGGGGGUCUGUCCCAAACAAUACUGAGGUAAUUUUUUUAGUUUGCACUUGGGAACAAUGCAUUUUGUAAAUUCUUUGCUUUUCACUGUGCUUAUAUGUCAAAGAGAUCCUUUCAGCUGCUAUUUUGGAAUAAUGAAUAUCACAUAUCAACAGUGAUGCUGGUUGUGAUGGUUGGUUUUAGGCUAGACCAUUUUAAGGAUGUCAGAUGAAUACUAGAGCUUGUACAAAGAAAGCAUUUAUUGAUUCCAUCUUGCUACCUAGAUUGAGAUAUUUUUACUCUUUCCUCUACUUAAACUGACAGCGAACUAAUCACGAAUAAGCUAUACUUUUGUAUUGGUUUACAUUUGUUAAUCUUGUGUUUCAUCAAUAAAGUUGUGUGUUUUAACCAGCAAAAAAAAAA